AUGUUGGAUUUCGUCUUCUGUGGGUCCGAACUGACUGAUUCACCGAAGCGGACCAAAUUAAAUGGAAAAGUUUGUGAUUUACCAGACAGAAUUUCCAGCGUAUUGAAUGUUCCUCUGUCAAAUAUAAACGUGGACGGUUACAUCUGUAACGAACGCAGUUAUCGAGACCUAAAGCGCCUUGGAAAGAUCCUUGAAGAUGCAAAAUUUCUCCAACCACAGUCAUUAAAAGAAAAGUUCCCAACAAACAAUCGAACAAAGCGUUGUGUUCCUUCGGACUCUAG